AUGUAUGGAGACGUUGCGAACAAGUUAGUCUUAGAAGCAAAGCGGACGGACCAUCUGGCUAAUGGCUCGGCAACAUUGCAAUUGCCCAUGUUUCAAGACGAGAUGGUGAGGGUUAUUCUGAAGGAGGUAUCGCAGCUACAGCGCAAUGCAGAGUACUUGAAGCUUCAGGAAGAUAGUGGAAAGUUAUCCAAGUGUCAGUACUUCGUAACCAUGUUGUGUAUGGAGAGGAACAAGAGAUGCCUACUUGCCUACCAGAAAACCCGGAGCGAGAUUCUGGACGCGAUAGCCUGGGAGAAUAACGGUUUAGAUACGAUGGAUUUGCUAUCCAACAAGGGACACGACAGCGGUAACCUCUCACCGUACGAACAAGAGUACCUACGUGAGUAUUCACAGCUUAUUUCUGACCUGACGGCUGGCGAGCUGAUGGACAUCGACCUUGCAGGGAGCCUGACGCCUCCGUCCGACGUUUUCAUCGACGUGCGUGUGCUGAAGGAUGCAGGCGAGAUCCAGACCGAAUACGGCGUCUUCAACUUGAUCAAAGAUUCGCAGUUCUUUGUGCGGCAGGCGGAUGUGGAGCGCCUAAUUCAGCAAGGUUACCUACAGAAAUUAUAG